AUGAUCGGUGGUACGCAACAAUUUGUCCCCGACUCACGAGUCAGGAAGGCUCCGAACCGUCAGUCGCGGUCCUGUAAAGUCUGCCGGCUCCGGAAAGUCAAGUGUGACCGAGUCAAGCCCUGCCACGCCUGCUGUGCCCAUGGCUACCCUUCCAAAUGCGUGUAUGAGCAUGUCCCCGACGAAGAAGCCCGCCCCAUCAGCCAAGCGGAGGAGAUUCGGAACCUGCGGGCGGAGAUCCGCGACCUUCGGGGAAGAAUAGACAACAAACAGGAUGGAUCUGGGGCGCAGGAUAUCCAGCGCCUGGACAAGCUCGAGAGCUUAUUUGAGUCUAUUCGCUCUGCACCAAGCCCAUUAGUCGAUGAUCUUGUUCACGAUAUUCGAACCGCACAUGUCGGCCUCAAGAAGGAUUUGGUCCCUGUUGGACCAUGGGAAGGAACGGAAGCGUAUGAAUCCUACGAUUAUCCUUCGCGUCCUUCGUCGACUCUGCCGGUUCGGAACCGACUGUUACUAAAUUCACCGUGUGAAGACUUCAAUAAUUUGGAAGCUGAGGAUGACGAUGACAGCGACUUCGAGCGCAUGUCCCUGAGCAGUGGGUCCGACUCGUCUGGCACGAUCUCGAUUAUGAGCAUGCAAAGACCCGCGGUGGAUGUGUUUGUUGAGAGGUUUGUGGAUGCGUUUAGCCCAGAAGUGGAUAUGAAAUCUGGGAGAGCGGGUGCAUUGCGAGCUGCCGCUGGGAUUCGAAUGUUCUCACCACUCAUCACAGACGCGUUCGAGGCCGUAUCAGUGGCAUUCUUUGGUCGUUCUGUGCAGAACAAGCAGAUCGAAGCGUCCGGGUUCCGACUUUACCCCCGCGUGCUGCGCGCAUUGCAGGAUGCGUUGGUGGACCCCGAAAAAUGCAAAGCAGAGUCAACACUAGUCACCGUCAUUCUCUUGCUCGCUUUCGAGAGUGUCGAACGCACUACUCAGAGUGGUGUCUCGGCUCAUGUCCGAGGAGCAGUGCGCUUGAUCGAACAUCGUGGACCAGAAAACCACAUGUAUGGGGUUGAACACCUUUUAUUUACAGAACUCCGACCAUAUUGGAUUGGCGCCGCUCUGGCAGCUCGACAACCCUCAUUCCUGGCCCGUGAAGAGUGGAAGACCAUUCCGUGGUCAGCAGGAACGACCCAAAAAGAUAUUCUACACCAGCUGCUUGACCUGGCCACCUCGGUCCCGGGUUUACUAGCGGUAUCCGAUGCCUUCAAAGAAGCACAAAUAACAUCUGUCAUGGGCGCACAAGAGAUGGCCGUCAAGCAGUCUACGCUUUGGAACGGAAUACGUGAGCUUACAGCCCGUUUCUAUCAGUGGUACGAAGACUCGGUUGUCACGUACCCUGACGGGCCACCACAGGAAGCCGAACAAAAAGGCGACCAGGGCUUCCCAAUUUUCCAGCGCCGCGACCUCCGCACCGGCGCUACUUUCAUCCCUACAAGAUUCACAUACCCAAACCUGCUACUCGCACAAACCAUGUGUGUCUACUACGCCGUGAGAUUGAUUCUGUCCUCGAUCGACACUCGGCCAGAGGAUCGCGUCUCGCCCAUGGAACAGUACGACUUGGGCUGCGGGAUCUGCCGCUCAUUGGAGUUUUAUAUCCUCACUGCACCCGGCAACAUGAUCAAUCGUCUUGCAUUCCCCACUCGAGUAGCGUGGGAAGCAUUCCCAGAUGGAGGUCCAGAGCGCCAUUUUAUGGUUGAGGUGCUGCAACUAGUUGAGAAGCGGCAUGCUCUUGGGCUUUGGGGCAGUUCUAUGCCCGAGUUAUCUACAAAAGAAUCCUCGCCACUGAAUACGGGUAGUCCGUAG